AUGGUAGAAGCAUCUAAUGAUAAAAAAAAUGCUGUAGAGAAAAAAAAAGCUGAAGAUAAGAAUAAGAAAAAUAUUAAAAGUAAUAAAAAUAAAACAAAGGUUGCAAAUAACAAUGAGAAAGUUGUGAAAAAGAAUGAGAAGAAGAAAGUAAACGAAAAACAGAAAUCUAAUGAGAAAAAAUUGAAAGUUAAGAAAACUUUAGAUAAAAAUAAUGAUGACAAAAAAAAGAUAAAAAAAGUUAAAUUUGUUGGAAAAAAUCAAAAAAAAAAAAAAAUUAGAACAUCCAUUCGUUUUAAAAGACCCAAAACAUUAAAACUUCCAAGAAAUCCCAAGUGCCCAAGAAUAGUUAGAUCAUGCUUUAGAAAAUCAUUAGAUAAAUAUGGAAUAAUAAAACACCCAUUAACUUCUGAAAAGGCAAUGAAAAAAAUAGAAGAAAUAAAUACGUUAGUUUUUAUUUGUGAUAAAAGAGCUGACAAGAGAAAAAUAAAGAAAGCAGUAAAGAAUUUAUUUGGUAUUACAUGUGAUAAAGUUAACGUCCUUAAUAGAUUAAAUGGUGAUAAAAAGGCAUAUGUUCGCUUAUCUCCUGAGCAUGAUGCAUUAGAAGUAGCAAAUAAGAUCGGAAUUUUAUAA